CACGCAUGCGCGCAGUACACCGAAGGCCUUGGAAAUGUCGGCUGCAGGUUAAAAACGAGAAGGAAUUUGUCUCCAGGAAUCUCAAACACGACACGCCAGUUUUGCUGUCUCUGUCCAGAUAUUUAAGAAGUGGAGCGAGAGAUUCCAUCGACCAUCCUUCCUGCUCAGACUGUGGGGUGGGAUUCACUCGGUCAUCUGACCAACUAGCAAGCCCGUCAUUUUACACAGGAGAAAGGCCGUUCACCUGCUCAGAAUGGUUUCACUCUGUUAUCUCAAUUGAAGGUACAUCAGCAAGUUCACAAUGGGCAAGGCCAUUCACCUGUUCUGUGUGUGAGAAAGGAUUCUGUCGGGCAUCCCACCCGUGGACACACCAGUCAGAUCACACUGGGCAGAGGCUGGUCAUCUGCUGAAUUUCGGGGAAGGGAUUCUCUCGGUCAUCUGACCUAAUGGCACACCAGCGUGUUCACACCAGGGGGCUGCCAUUCACCUGCUCAGUCUGCGGGAAGGGUUUCACUCAGUCAUCCCACCUACUGAGUCAUCAGCGAGUUCACACGAGGGAGAGGCCGUUCACCUGCUCAGUCUGUGGGAAGAGAUUCACUGCGUCAUCCAACCUGCUGGUACAUCAGCGAGUUCACACCGGGGAGAAGCCGUUCACCUGCUCAGUCUGUGGGAAGGGAUUCACUCAGUCAUCCAGACUACAGAGUCAUCAGCGAGUUCACACCGGGGAGAAGCCGUUCACCUGCUCAGUCUGUGGGAAGGGAUACACUGAGUCAUCCAACCUACAGAGACACCAGCGUGUUCACACCGGGGAGAAGCCGUUCAUCUGCUCGGUCUGUGGGAGGAGAUUCACUGAGUCAUCUUACCUACUGGUACACCAGCGAGAUCACACUGGGGAGAGGCCGUUCACCUGCCCAGUCUGUGGGAAGAGAUUCACUGAGUCAUCCAGACUGCAGAGUCAUCAGCGAUUUCACACCGGGGAGAAGCCGUUCACCUGUGCAGAAUGUGGGAAGAGAUUCACUGAGUCAUCCAACCUACAGAGACACCAGCGAGUUCACACUGGGGAGAGGCCAUUCACCUGCUCAGUCUGUGGGAAGGGAUUCACUCAGUCAUCCCACCUACAGAGUCACCAGCGAGUUCACACUGGGGAGAAGCCGUUCACCUGCUCGGACUGUGGGAAGAGAUUCACUCGGUCAUCCCAACUACUAGCACACCAGUCAGUUCACACUGGGGAGAAGCCAUUCACCUGCUCAGUUUGUGGGAAAGGAUUCACUGAGUCAUCCACAUUACUGAGUCAUCAGCGAGUUCACACUGGGGAGAGGCCGUUCACCUGCUCAGAAUGUGGGAAGGGAUUCACUCAGUCAUCCAACCUACUGGUCCACCAGCGAGUUCACACCGGGGAGAAGCCGUUCACCUGCUCACAGUGUGGGAAGGGAUUCACUACCUCAUCUAAACUGAAGGUGCAUCAGCGAGUUCACACUGGGGAGAAGCCGUUCACCUGCUCAGUCUGUGGGAAGGGAUUCACACUGUCAUCCUACCUACGGAGACAUCAGCGAGUUCACGCCGGGGAGAAGCCGUCCACCUGCACAGAACGUGGGACAGGAUUCACUCAGUCGCCCAACCUGCUGGUGCACCAGCGAUUUCACGCAGGAGAGAGGCCGUUCACCUGCUCACGGUGCGGCAAGGAAUUCACUUGCUCAUCUAAACUGAAGGUGCAUCAGCGAGUUCACACUGGGGAGAAGCCGUUCACCUGCUCAGUCUGUGGGAAGGGAUUCACUCAGUCAUCCCACCUUCAGAAUCAUCAGCGAGUUCACACCGGGGAGAAGCCGUUCACCUGCUCAGUCUGUGGGAAGGGAUACACUCAGUCCUCCACCCUACAGAGACAUCAGCGACUUCACACUGGGAGAAGCCGUUCACCAGCUUAGACUGUGGGAAGGGAUUCACUCAGUCAUCCUAACUACUGGCACACCAGUAAGUUCACAGUGGGGACUGGCCGUUGUUAUGAAUCCCUAGCUUUUGUUUGCUGUGGACUGUCAUUUUUAAGAGAGAGAGAGAUUAGGAAGGUGAAUCAGUCUGGCUUGCAGCUUGUUUACAUCGCUCGCAGCUUGUUUAGUUUUAACCGAGGACACAGACACUUGGAGUCAGACGGAGACAAAGGAGGAAAAAUGGAAGGAUCGAAACCAGGGAACUAGUGGCCAAGGGUCACUGUUUGGAACUUUCCACUGCCCACAAGGGUGGGUUAAUUACCGAUUCACCGUACAUCGAAUGUGUGGUUGUCACCUCGUUUGAUCCAUAGGAGUGGAUCGGAUUUGGGUCAUCCUGUGAAGACAACUGAUGUGUUAACCCUUGCCUGGCUGUGAUGUGGUAGUUCACUUGAAGACGAUAGCCUUUGUGACAAGUCACUUUUGGUGAUAAUUUGUAUGUAGAUUUGGAAUGAUGACGGACAAAAUCUACAGCGGCUGUUCUCUCGUUUUACCACCGUGGAACCUGUGCAAUUCUACAUAUUUGCCUUCUCUCGCCAUUUACCCUGGAUUAUAAAUCUCUCUCUCUCAUCGCCUAUUCUGUAGUUGAACUGAACUUUCAUACUUUACCAUCUCAAGACUCCAAGCCUUGUUUCCCCCAAGCUCAAUAGUUUGGGAGUUAUAUUUACACACAGUUAUAAACUUAACACUGUUAACUUCUGUUUAUCUUGUUUAAGUUGCAAUUUUACAAGUAGAUUCUAAUAAAGACAGAUUUAACAUCAAAA